UCCUCAUAGAGGAGGCAUGCUGUCUGGCCGAAGUCAGGAAGAAGUCUACGCUUUUGGACUUUGGACAGAAGAAUUGUAAUUCUUUAUCAGGACAAAGCGGAGAUAUGGGAACAUGGAAGAUAAGCAAAAUGUCCGCAGCUCUGCAAAAAAUACAUUUGUAAGUGUAGCACUUUGAGUCUUGUGGGUCUUGUGAUGGUGCCUGUUCAGAGACCUCCUUAUAUCUAAUCUUGCAAAGCCAAACUUAACCAUGUCAAACUCCCAGGAGCAAAGUCUUGAUGAGGAUGUUAUCUUCCUCCCUGUGACCGAAACGUGUUCGGGCUUUUUACACUCCGAAACUGAACGCUUGGCUUUGGAGAGACUUUUAAACGCAGGACCUGAAGCGUUCUAUAGCACCGUGGGAUCUGAACAUUCAAGCUGCUUUUUAUCAUCUGAAGAAGUUACUGAUCUGACAAAUUGGGUCCAGGACUACCACUUGACUCCACCGCCAAAGGAGGAACUUUGGGAUAAUGGACCAGACCUGGGUUUUGAGGGUUAUUCGUCCACGUAUUACCCAGUACAUUCGGACCUACCCGCCCCGGGCCUGGCCCUGGGGUGGCCCGAGAGGACCCCCUGGGGACAAGAGGACAGUGUCAAAGUCUACACCAGCCCCCCAGCAGAAGGAGAGCCGUCUGUCAGAGAACUCAUACGACAACAUCUGCAGACAGCAACUCAAAUGAUCGCCAUAGUAACAGACAGACUGACAGACUGCACUGUGAUUGGGGACCUGCACAAUGCUGCCUCUCGUGGGGUCGCCGUUUACAUCAUUUUAAACCAGAGGUCCACUCACGAAAGCACUUUGCUCCGGCUCAGGCAUCCGAACAUGCAGGUGCGAUUGCUCGGAGGGAAGAGUUUCUGCUCAAGGGCGGGCCGAAUGGUGGUGGGAGAAAUGAAAGACAAGUUUGUCCUGGUGGAUUUACAGACUGUGAUUCAUGGCAGCUACAGCCUCACGUGGUCAGACGCCCACCUACACCGCCAGCUCGUCACUGUCCUCACCGGCUCUGUAAUCGACUCAUUUGACCAGGAAUUUAGGAUCCUCUUUGCUGCUUCCUCCCCUGUGCCAGAACCAAGGAGAAGUUCUGUUAGUCAAAUAACCAACCAUGUUAACAACUUUACGGACAUGUGGUUCCCAAAACAUCUCCCGUUCGUGGAUGCGGAGAUAAUCAACCCGCCAUCACCCCCUGGUGAUAGCAUGCUGGACUGGGAUGCAAUGGGGGUGGUAACAGGAGGGAGCAGUGUCCCGAACAGUCCACUAGAACAACAUGAAGAUGUGUUUUUGAUAAACACAGAUAAACAAGAACCAUUGAAUAAUGUGAUGAUGGACAAAAAUACCAAAGCCAUGGAUCCAUUUUUUAGCAAUAAACACAUUGACGUUGGCAAAAAGAGGUUAAGUGAACCUCCACCUCCUAUGUCUCCUGCACCUCCUAUAAAUCCUCCACCUCCUGCACCUCCUAAACCUCCUGCACCUCCUGCACCUCCUAAAACUCCUGCACCUCCUGCACCUCCUAUAACUCCUGCACCUCCUGCACCUCCUAAAACUCCUGCACCUCCUAUAACUCCUGCACCUCCUAUAACUCCUGCAGCUUCUGCACCUCCUAUAACUCCUGCACCUCCUGUACCUCCUAUAUCUCCUGUUACCAAAUAUGUCUCACAAUUAAUGGAAUCUUACGGCGUAACAAAGCCUACACUGAAAGAGCGUCUUCCCAAUCCAGAGAUAAGAAUAGAGCCAUGGAUAGAGCCUAUGGUGGAAAAAACUGUUGCAAGACAAAUUUCUCAAGAGCAUACAAAAUUCGAUAAAUACUUAAAAAGGCCUGAGAAGGAGCCAGAGCCAUUACACAAUGUUAAUGCAGUUUCCCACAUAAAAAGACGACAAGAUAUAAAAGAAGAAAUUACUGUGAAAGAGGAAAAGAGUGACAGCAAAGAUGAAUCUUUUAAAAUGGAAAACAUGCCAUCCUCAAGAAAACCUGUGAUUUUAAGGCUGCCCCACAGUGAAGACACCAGCUCUCUCAGUGACAUCAUGAAGAGGAUGAAGCAAAAGCAGAGCACCUAUGAGCAAACAAGGGAGCACACAAGGGAGCACCCAAGGGAGCAAACAAGGGAGCACCCAAGGGAGCACCCAAGGGAGCACCCAAGGGAGCACCCAAGGGAACACCCAAGGGAGCACCCAAGGGACCACCUAAGGGACCACCCAAGGGACCACCCAAGGGACCACCCAAGGGACCACACAAGGGACCACACAAGGGAUCCCCCAUGGGAGCGCUCCAAGACGGCCUUCUCGGAGCUAAACAGGUCCUUGAUGGAGCUGAAUGUUCCAGGCCAGGAGCAGGAUGAGAAAACCACCCCAGUGCCUCGGUUCAGGGCAGGGGCAUUGGAUGUGGAGUUGGUGACCCCGGCUUUAGCUCUUAUGCAGAAGAGGAACGACUAUAUUCGGAGCUCCCUCUACAGGCCUCCUCUGAACUUCCAGCUCAGAGAGAGACCACGCAGCUAUGCCUUCAGUCCAGACUGGAAGGGCUCCCUGUCUGAACUGGAGACAAGGAGCGAAGGACAUUGAAAUAUACUGUUACCUUUUAAAAUGUGUUUUCAUGAAAAUAUGGUUGCUACUUUUGGUGAAUGAAGUGACCCAUGCAGUGUUAAUACCUACUAUAAAGAUAAAGCAUAGUAAAUACU